CGUUUUUCCAUCCAAGAAUCUGUCAAUACAUGAGAUGGCAAUGUUUUCGGAAAAAGAAAUCUCUCAAUCCGAAACAAAAAAAAUUUCCAAGCAAAUGUAUUCUGUUUUCAGCUGUUUGUAAUUGAUGGACAACGUGGCUUUUUUUUGGAUUUUCUGAUGCAACAGUUUUGACUGGAACAAGUAUUUAUCACGUAAUUUUUGUAUAUUUAUUUAUUCUUAACAAGUCUGAUCAGAUAUGGCCGAUAAUCAACCCAGUGUUAAUGUUGUUGCUGGUGAUCAAUCAUCACAGACAACAUCUCAAUCAACCAAAGUGAAAUCCGAAAAAGAGUUAAAGAAAGAAGCAGCUAAACAAGCCAAAUUGGAAAAACUCAAAGCUAAACAAGAAAAGUUGAAAAACAAAACUGCGACCGAUCAGGAAACUAGCCGUAAAGAAAAAAAGAAAAAAGAAAAGACUGUGGUCACCUAUGAACGAUCCAUACCUAAAGGCCAGAAGAAGGAUGUUCAUUCUGAUCCAAUGCCUGAUGCCUAUUCACCUAAAUAUGUAGAAGCCAUAUGGUACGAUUGGUGGGUGAAAUCGGGAUUUUUCAAACCUGAAUACGGCCGUACUGAUAUUCUGGCAACCAACAAUCCUCGUGGUCGCUUCGUCAUGGUUAUACCUCCACCGAAUGUGACCGGCUACCUACAUCUUGGACAUGCUUUGACCAAUGCCAUCGAAGACUGUCUCACCCGUUGGCAUAGAAUGUCAGGCCGUACGACAUUGUGGAAUCCAGGUUGUGAUCAUGCUGGAAUCUCAACACAGAUUGUUGUUGAGAAGAAAUUAUGGCGUGAACGGAAACUCACCCGUCAUGAUCUUGGCCGUGAGAAAUUCGUGGAAGAAGUUUGGAAAUGGAAAAACGAAAAAGGUGAUCACAUUUACGAACAAUUAAAAUUUCUUGGCGUCUCGGUUGACUGGGAUAGGGCGGUGUUUACGAUGGAUCCUAAAAUGUGUCGUGCUGUAACAGAAGCCUUUGUUCGUCUCCACGAACGCAAACUAAUCUACCGAUCAAAACGAAUGGUAAACUGGUGUUGUACGUUACGUUCAGUCAUAUCGGACAUUGAAGUGAACCACUUAGAAUUGACCGGUCGUACGUUUUUAUCGGUGCCAAAUUACAAGAAUAAAGUCGAGUUCGGUGUAUUGCAUAACUUUGCCUAUCCCAUCGAUGAACCUGAUUCAGAUGGACCUAAAGAAGUAAUCGUAGCAACCACUCGUAUAGAGACUAUGUUGGGCGAUACGGCUGUCCUAGUUCAUCCGAACGAUGAUCGUUAUAAAUCUCUACAUGGAAAAUAUGUACGCCAUCCUUUCGUUGAUCGUAAACUUCCUAUCGUAUUAGAUGAAUACGUGGAUAUCGAUUUCGGUACUGGUGCUAUGAAAGUCACUCCAGCUCAUGAUUACAACGAUUACAUCAUCGGUGAACGUCAUCAAAUGCCUUUGGUUGUAAUGAUUACAGACGAAGGUCUUAUCGCACCUGGCUUUGGCCAAUUUUCCGGUAUGAAACGUUUCGAUUGCCGCAAGGUUAUCAUUGAUGAAUUGACCAAACUUGGUUUGUACCGGGGCUGGCAAGACAACAAAAUGGUUGUGCCACAAUGUGAUCGUUCCAAGGACAUAAUCGAACCAAUGGUCAAAUUCCAAUGGUAUAUUGACUGUCAGGACAUUGCUAAACGGGCAAUCGAUGUAGUUGCUACCAAUCAACUACGUCUAAUUCCUUCAAAUCAUGUCCAUUUCUGGAACAGAUGGAUGUCGAACAUUCAAGAUUGGUGCAUAUCACGCCAGAACUGGUGGGGCCAUCGUAUUCCAGUAUAUUUUGCCCAGGUGAAAGGCCAACCACUGGACGAUAGUGAUGUUGAAUCUCGACAACAAAAGCAUUGGUUUUCCGGUCGAAAUCCCGACGAAGCUCGUAGUAAGGCAGCUGCUGCCUUCAACGUAAACGAAUCUGAAAUUGAAUUACGGCAAGAUGACGACGUUCUCGACACCUGGUUCUCAUCAGCUUUAUUUCCAUUUGCCGUGUUUGGUUGGCCAGAACAAACCAAUGAUCUAAAAGCGUUCUAUCCAGGUCAAUUGCUCGAGACUGGUCAAGAUAUCCUGUUUUUCUGGGUGGCUCGUAUGGUCAUGAUGAGCUUGUUGCUUAACGACAAACUACCCUUCGAAACUGUAUACUUGCAUUCGAUCAUUCGAGAUGCACAUGGCCGUAAAAUGUCCAAAUCGUUGGGCAACGUAAUUGAUCCAUUAGACGUUAUAAAUGGUAUCACAUUAGAGCAAUUGCAUCAAACUGUACACAAUUCAAAUCUCAAUGAAUCAGAAGUCGCUCGAGCCAUAGCCGGACAGAAAGCUGACUUUCCUAACGGCAUUCCAGAAUGUGGUACCGAUGCUUUACGGUUUGGUCUGUUGGCUUAUACUACACAAGGGCGUGAUAUCAAUUUGGACAUCAAGCUUAUUGAAGCAUACCGAAAUUUCUGUAACAAACUUUGGAAUGCGAUCAAAUUCACAUUGCUCUAUCUGAAACAGGAUUUCAAACCCUUGCCAGUUAAACAUCCAUUGACCGGUAAUGAAUCAUUAAUGGACCGAUGGAUAUUAAGUUGUGUUACUCAGGCCACUCAAUCUAUCAAUAUUGCUUUUGAAGAAUAUCGUUUCGCCGAUCUAACACAGAUCCUGUAUGAUUUUUGGCUUUACAAGUUCUGCAACACCUAUCUAGAAUGCAUAAAACCGGUGUUCCAGGCUGAAGUGGAAAAUCCUCGUGCUGCCGAAGCUGCACGUCAAACGCUAUACACUGUAAUGGAUAUUGGUCUUCGAUUGUUGCACCCAUUGAUGCCAUUCAUCACCGAAGAGUUAUUUCAACGAUUGCCUCGUCGACCCGAUUUUGAUCCUAUAUCUUUAUGCAUUGCACCAUAUCCAACAACCGAACAAUUCGUGUGGUCACGUGAUAUUUCAUUAGAAGCCGACGUCGAAUUCAUGGAGAAAAUUGUUCAUAAUGUUCGUUCGUUACGAUCGGAAUAUAAUCUGCUCAAACAGGCAAAAGUAGCCCUACAUAUACGUUUCGAUGCAAGCAGCAGUGAUCUUGAAAAACGAUUACUACCGUUGUUAAGCACUAUCGCGACGCUGAGUUAUUGCACACCUGUAGAAAUGUUGGAUUCGAAGGAAACUUGCACACCGGCUGGUUGUGCCAUCAUUCCAAUAUCUGACCAUUGUCAGGCUUACAUACAUCUUAAAGGUCUAGUCGAUACGAUCAAAGAAACGGAACGUCUACAAACAAAGACAGAAAAGCUGAACGGUCAAAUGGUCAAACUACAUAAAUCAAUGUCUAUACAAGAUUAUGAGACCAAGGUACCGGUUGAUGUUAAGCAAUCCCACGAAGAUCGUCUUAAACAAUUGACUGGUGAAAUUGCUAAGGUUACAUUGGCUCUUGAGACCUUAUCAUCGAUCGGAUCUGAUUGAUUUAGAUGCUAUAGUAUAGGGAAUAUUAUAAUUCAAUUGUUGUCAUCUGUGUAUUGAUUACUUUUAUAUCAAAUAUAUUCUAUAUGGUAUUAAAUUGGAAUUGAAUAAAAUCCAUUUUCAUCAUA